AUGCAUGCGAGGUUUGCCCUUGGAGUUGGAACUCAUACUGACUACUUGGGAUCCCUAAAUCCACCGAAUUUCAGUUCUCAACCGUCAUCAGCCUCUGGAAAAGAAGCAGAACAACAGUGGUUAUGGAAGCAAGCUCUGAGCGUGAACAUGGAGGAUAUCAUCUACAUUCAUCUUCAUCAACGAGAUGAAUCCUCGCCAUCGUCGCUCACCUUGGUGAACUGUGACGGGGUGCAGUGCCCUCCGCUACAGAUGUCCGCCGGUCAGCACUCACUCGUCUUCCUGGCCACCUUGGAAUCCGGCUUAGCUCCUAUUCAUCGUCUUGAUCCUCCACUUUGGAGUGGCCCUGGAAAAGAGAAGUCAUUGCCACGCCUCCGCAAGCGCACGACAGCAGUCGGAAGCGGAGCGAUGCUCGACUACGUGUUUCGUAUCGUACGUGUUGGAGGAAACGACUUUCUGCCUACCUACAGGCAUGAAGACGAAGAAGACGCUCGGUCACCUCCGACUGUCGAG